AUGGUGACUCCGGACCAAAUGACCCACAGUAACCUGUCCACGGGGCAACUAUCAGUCAACCUGUCUUCAGCAGGAGCAGGGAAGAUGUUGGUCUUCAAACACGUCGUCACAAACAUCGGAGACGCCUACAACCCGCAGACAGGAGUUUUUACCGCCCCACUGAGAGGAGYUUACCACUUUCAGUGGUACAUCGGCGUCAACAACAAUGAAAACACAAUAACCUCGUUAGUGAAGAAUGACCAGCAGGUUUUCACUGCGAGGAACGACUUGACCUCAGGUGAUUAUCUGGUGUUGGGCUUCAGCAGUGCGUCUAACGGCGCCUCGCUGCUGCUGGAGGCCGGAGAUGUCGUGUUUGUUCGUCUCUGGUCCRGCCAUGUCGUCUAYGACGAUGAAAACCACAUCUGCACCUUCAGCGGUCAUCUGCUGUUCCCCAUGUGAGGCAGGACAACCGGCGCUGACGAGAUGCUARCUAGGAGCUAACCCUUUCCUAUGGGCCGUCCAGGUCUUUUUCUAACUUCACAAUAAAUAUUUAAAAACUGUA